AUGCUGGAUUAUCUUAAAGAGUGGAAAGAGACUGGCGGUAGUGGAGGCUCCGAUGGCAGGGGCGACCGUCCCUUCUUCGGGUACCUUCCCUUCACAGCGCCGCAUUGGCCAUUGCAGGCACCGCGCGAGUAUAUCGACCACUACCACGGUGUAUACGACGAAGGCCCAGAUGUGCUACGCCAGAAACGGCUGCGGCACUUGAAGGAACUGGGAAUGGUGCGCGACGACGUCGAGCCACAUCCCGUGCAGGCCGAGGUCAAGCCGUGGGAGGAGUAUAGCGCAACGGCGCAGAAGGCACCAUCUACGAGGCUUAUCCGAUGGGCACGAACGGCGUCACGCCUCAUCUGCAGAAAUACUACGAUAACAGCAUCGAAAACCUUGGAAACGGUAAUUCGUUCAUCUGGUACGGCCCGCGCUGGGCACAGGCGGCUACCGCGCCUUCACGUCCUUACAGGGCUUGCACUACAGAGUACUGAGGGUGGCGUCAGCGUUCUUUUCACAUGCCGCUUCCCUACAAAUCUCAACAUCAAUCCGUUAAAUGUUGCCGCCAAGGGCGGUAUCACCGAUCAGUUCGCCACAGUCAUGGAUCUGGCACCAUCUAUCUUAGAUAUGGCAGGUACUAACCAUCCAGCGCCUACGUACCAGGGCUGCGAGAUUGUCGAAAUGCGUGGACGUAGCUUCCACCCCUGGGCAGUUGGCGAGGUGCAGCGGAUGCACCCGGUUGAUUUCAUCCGGGGCUGGGAGACGUGGCCCGGAGCAAUGGCAGUUAUACAAUCUUGCGCGAGAUCCGGCGAGAUCCAUGAUCUGUCAGAUGCCGAGCCGGAGAAGCUGAAGCAGCUCCUCAAGCUCUGGGAUCAGUAUGUCCUUGAGACGGGUCUUGUCCCGCUGUGUCCUAGUCUUGGGGAAUUCUUGGAGGCGACUGAAGCGCAGAUGCCGGAGAAGGCGUGGAUGGAGUUUGAUUACUGGACAGACGGGGCUAGGGAUCAGCCGGGGAAGUUCUCUCGUCAACCGCCGAGAUUUCAACGGACAGUGAAGCCUUUCUGA